AUGCGUGUUUUCACGUCGAUUGCCGCGUUUGUCGUGGCUUCUUGCAGCACAGUCAUAGCAGCGCCAUCAAGACAUACCAGAAGCAACCCACAACCAAUUGAUCUGGAGAUACAAACUUCCAGCGGGAAAAUAAUCGGCCUCAUAAACGGAACAACCCCCAACGUCCGCCAAUUCCUCAACAUCCCAUACGCCCAACCACCCCUAUUAGACCUCCGCUUCCGUCCCCCGAAAGCCCUAAUCCAGCCCCAAAAGACCAUCAUCUCCACAACCCUAGGCCCAGCCUGUCCUCAGAUCCCCGGCACAAGCGCCUCAAUCGACAGCGAAGUCGUCACACAACUGAACUUCAACGGCUCCACAGCCGAAGACUGUCUCAACGUCGCCAUCUGGGCCCCAUUGCAUACACGAAACACAAAGAAAGCUCUUCUCCCGGUAUUCAUCUACCUUUUUGGCGGUGGUUACACGACCGGCGGAAUCGACGUGGCGUAUCAGAUUCCUGCGCAAUGGGUUCAGCGCACACAGGCCCAUAUCGUUAUCUCGAUCAACACCCGGGUAAAUAUAUUCGGGUAUCCCGGGUCUGGGGCACUCGAGUUCCAGAAUCCAGGGCUACUGGAUCAGAGGAUGGCGCUUGAAUGGGCUCAAGAGAAUAUCGCUGCUUUUGGAGGAGAUCCAGAUCAUAUUGUGCUUUGGGAACAGAGUUCUGGGGCUGGGAGUUCUGACUUGAUGAAUUUUGCGUAUCCGGAUGAUCCCAUUGCUAAUGGGUUUAUCUCGGAUUCGGGUUCUGUAUUCCUGAAUAACCAGAAAUCCGAUGCGACGUUCUCGAAUUUCAGUUAUGUGGCUGGACAGGUGAACUGUUCGACUGUGAACUAUACGGUUGAGUUGGAGUGUAUGCAGGGUGUGGACUAUGAGACUAUCGAGGCUGUGAUUCUGGACUAUGAAGAGGCGGGGAACAAUCCGUUGAAGUUUGUGCCAUUUGUUGAUGAUAUCUCUAUAUUUGGGAAUUAUACGCUUCGGUAUGAGUUGGGUGCAUUGUCUGAUCGGCCUGCUAUCUUUGGGACGAAUCUCCGAGAGGGUUAUGAGGCUGCGCCUUGGCCGAAUGAUCCUGAGACGACGGCGGCUAAUGCUACUGUGGCGGAUGGGUAUACUGAUUAUGCAUUCUUGUGUCCCGCGAUGUUGACGACGGGUUACCGGGAGAAACUGGGCUUGCCAACCUUUCGAUAUCAGUAUCGUGGAAAUUUCAGCAAUAUCUCGCCGUAUUUCUGGUUUGGGGCAUUCCAUGGCUCGGAAUUGCCCUUGUUGUUUGGGACGUAUGGGGACUACCGGGGGCCACCGACUGCUUUUGAAACUGAGGUUAGUUAUACGAUGCAGGAUCUCUGGUUGGCUUUUGCGAGGGAUGGAGCUAAGGGUGUGGAAGCGUUGGGGUGGGAGAGUUCUGCGAAUGGUGAUGGUGUGAAUAUUUUGGCAGAGAUGAAGACUCGUAAGGCGUCUACGAUGGUUCCUGCAAAGGAGAUCGAUACACCUUGUGAGCAAGUGGUGGUCGAUACCAUUCUUGGUGGCACGAAUCCAUUUGCUGUUAUUGUAUGA